AGGGCGGGCGGGGCCGGGAGGCGGGCGGGGCUGGCCGGGCCGUGUAGGGCGCAGACCCGACUCUGCGCGCCUAGGGGCGGCCCAUGCUCCCAGCGCUCCCCACUCAGCUGCAGCAGCCGGGCCGCAUCUGGACCAGGCGCCGCGCGGCGGGUCCGACGCCGGGCCACAAUGCUGCUUGGGGCAUCCCUUGUGGGAGUGUUGCUGUUCUCCAGUCUGGUGCUGAAACUGCCCUGGACCCAAGUGGGGUUUUCCUUGCUGCUCCUCUACCUGGGAUCUGUUGACUGGCGCUUCGUCUGGGUCUUCAUCAAGACCAUCAGGCGCGAUGUCUUUGGUGGCAUGGUGCUCCUGAAGGUGAAGUUGAAGGUCCAGCGAUACCUGCGGCAGCGGCAAACAAUACCCAUUUUGUUUGCCUCUACGGUACAGCGCCACCCCGACAAGACAGCCCUGAUCUUCGAGGGCACAGACACCCACUGGACCUUCCGCCAGCUGGAUGACUACUCAAACAGCGUGGCCAACUUCCUGCAGGCCCGAGGCCUGGUCUCCGGCGACGUGGCUGCCCUCUUCAUGGAGAACCGCAAUGAGUUCGUGGGUCUGUGGCUGGGCAUGGCCAAGCUGGGUGUGGAGGCGGCACUCAUCAACACCAACCUCCAGCGAGACACCCUGCGCCACUGCCUGACCAUUUCCCGGGCCCGAGUACUCAUCUUUGGCAGUGAGAUGGCCCCAGCUGUCUUUGAGAUCCAUGCCAGCCUGGACUCUUCACUGAGCCUCUUCUGCUCCGGUCCCUGGGAACCCAGCUCAGUGCCGCCCAGCACAGAACACCUGGACCCCCUACUGGAAAAUGCGUGCAAGCACCUGCCCAGUCGCCCUGACAAGGGCUUCGUAGAUAAGCUCUUCUACAUCUACACAUCGGGCACCACGGGUUUGCCCAAAGCCGCCAUUGUAGUACAUAGCAGGUAUUACCGAAUAGCUGCCUUGGUGUACUAUGGAUUUCGCAUGCGGCCUGAUGACAUUAUCUACGACUGCCUCCCGCUCUACCACACAGCAGGAAACAUCGUGGGGAUCGGGCAGUGCCUGCUCCAUGGCAUGACAGUGGUGGUCAGGAAGAAGUUCUCAGCCUCCCGGUUUUGGGAUGAUUGUAUCAAGUAUAACUGCACAAUUGUGCAGUACAUCGGCGAACUGUGCCGCUACCUCCUGAACCAGCCGCCCCGGGAGGCAGAAAACCAGCACCGGGUGCGCAUGGCACUUGGCAACGGCCUCCGGCAUUCCAUCUGGACCAAAUUUGCUGGCCGCUUCAACAUCUCCCAGGUGGCUGAGUUCUAUGGAGCUACUGAGUGCAACUGCAGCCUGGGCAACUUCGACAGCCAGGUGGGGGCCUGUGGCUUCAACAGCCGCAUCCUGCCCUUCAUAUACCCCAUCCGCCUGGUACGUGUCAACGAGGACACCAUGGAGCUGAUCCGGGGGCCCGAUGGUGUCUGCCUUCCUUGCCAGCCAGGUGAGCCGGGCCAGCUGGUGGGCCGCAUCAUCCAGCAGGACCCCUUGCGGAGCUUCGAUGGCUACCUCAUGCAGAGUGCCAACAAUAAGAUCGCUUCAAAUGUCUUCAAAAAGGGGGACCAGGCCUACCUCACCGGCGACGUGCUGGUGAUGGACGAGCUGGGCUACCUGUACUUCCGAGACCGCACGGGGGACACGUUCCGCUGGAAGGGUGAGAACGUGUCCACCACCGAGGUGGAGGGCAUACUUAGCCGCCUGCUGGAUAUGGCCGAUGUGGCCGUGUAUGGUGUCAAAGUGCCAGGAACUGAGGGCCGGGCCGGAAUGGCAGCUGUGGCCAACCCUGCGGGCAGCUGUGACCUUGAGCACUUGGCCCAGCUCCUGGAGAAGGAGCUGCCUCUAUGUGCCCGCCCCAUCUUCAUGCGCUUAAUGCCUGAGCUGCAGAAAACAGGGACCUUCAAGUUUCAGAAGACAGAGCUGCGGAAGGAGGGCUUUGACCCUGCGAUUGUGAAAGACCCACUGUUCUACCUGAAUGCCCAGAAGGGCCGCUACGUCCCACUGGACCAAGGGGUCUACAACCGCAUCCAGGCCGGCAAGGAGAAGCUGUGAUUUGCCCCGAGGCCUUCUCAGGGCCAGCAGUUGCUGGAUCCAGAGCCCCAGCUCCUACCCAGAGGGGUCUUGGGCAGUGCCAGACCUAAGCAAGCAGGGCCCAGCGCCUCAACCAUGAGGUGCUGACCCCCUCCCCAACUCAGACUGCCACGUGACUCACUGCCACUUCCUCCCUCCCCCAGCGGCUUUCUGUGAAAGCCUCGUGACCACGUGUAUCUUUGAGGCUAGACCGGGCCUCCGGAUCCUCAAAUUGACUAGGCCCCUCCGGAUGAUGUCUUGGGCCAGGUCAGGGGAGGUGGUAGAGCUGCCAAGUGUAGUGACCUCACCUUUAGAAACAAUAGGUUAAGGAUAAGACAUGGUACGUGCUAACCGCCAUGUCUCACUUCUAGUUAGUUAUCUGCUAAAAAUUUAUUAACUAGAGGGAUUUACUGGCCGGAUCA